GUGCGAUAUGGUAAACUUAAUUUUAGUUGCCAUUUUUUAGUCGCCAUUUUUUGAGAAAUAUCAUUACAAUAUAUCUAGACUUCAUAUUAAUCAGUCUACUAUAAAAGGAUGCUUUAUUGUAUAUGGUGUUCCCCCUGGUGCCGCCAUUUUGAAUUAUCACUAGACGAGUUAUGAACAAUAAUAAUUAAUUAUGUUUACAUAGACAUAUUUUUCAAAGCAUCAGUAUGAAUGAAUGAAUGAAUGAGGCUACUAAACAAUAUGAGAACAAACACAAUGUACUAGAGUCAACAACAUUAAAAGUGAUGAGGAUCAGACUGAUGGUGAAUGACACAAUAACCUUAUACUAAAACAAUAUUUAUACACUAGACGGUAGUGCACAUAAGUGCGUAGUGUAGGCUAUAGUGCAUUAUUUGGGCCACACCUUGUGACGUAUCAGAAUUGAAACCUAUUAAAAUUGUGCUGCAUUGCAUAUCUAAACAUGUUCUGUGUAAUUUUUAUAUCUCUGCUUGGCUUUAUAAUUUUAAUAAAGGCCACAAAAUGUAGGCGUAAUCUAGAUUUGCAAUUGUAAACCCUACUCUUGUGGAUCAUCCUGAAGGCUAGUGAUUACCUUACCCAGAAUACACAGGCUGUGAGAUACAGUAGUAUUUGAGAUUUCAGCUACAUCAGACAACAUGUCAUAAUAAUGAUUGUCCACCUUCUGUCCUUUUGAACUGCUGACACAUCACUAAUCAGUCAGCAACACAAAUACCACUGCGGCCAGUCCUCCACCACGCCAGUCCCCAUCUCAUGAGGGAUGACAUCACAGAGAUUAGCUGUAGCUCUCUGAUUCCUGGUACAAACAUUUCAAACACAAACACUCACACCAGUGGCAGAGCUUUGCACUAUCAAUAGAGGCUUUGAGCAUGCAGUGAAACCAUUCCCUUGUUCCCCAAUGGUGCAAUGAUACAUUGUAAGAGCCGUGAAUGGAACUGUCCAGUCAUACUGCUGACAUAAUUCAAAGAGGGUAACAGCCCUGAAACUCCUCAAGUUAACAGAAACCAGUUAUUUGAGUUACCACAGAGAUUAGGACUGAGUUCAGAAGCAGUCUAGUGACAACCUGUUGUAAUCUCUCUGGAGAAUUUGAAGAAGUGUUCCUCAUCCACUGCCUUCAAAAUGAGAUAAAGGAGUAACACCUUUGCCCGCUGCCCACAGUCCUAUUGAGAGAAGAAAUCACAAGUGUGUUUGACUCCACCCCCUCCUUGCAGCCGUUGGCCCCUUGCCGUGGCCAUUAGGAAGAUUCUCAGUCUUACUGGAGCAAUGACAGACGAAAGCUGUUAAGAGAAAAUGUCUCUGAGGGGCCGUCAGAGACCUCCUAAACUAGAGCGACUGGAGUCUGUCAUGAGCCAGUUCUCUGGGAGCUUGGACCAAGAUGAUCUACAAGACGACCCAGAGGAGCUUGACUUAAGUGGCCAUACAGACCUCUGUGGCGAAUCAAGGAGCAUAUCGUUUCAAGCAAUAUACAACUUUCUUCCAUUCAAUUCCCUGGAUGGUGUUAUAUUUCUUGAAGAAGUGCCAAUCCUGGUGCAGGUGACAGAGGUGGAGCGAUUCACAUCUACAAGGGUGCUGAAUCCCAACCUGUAUACUGUAGAGUUGAGCCACGGAAACUUCAGUUGGAAAAUCAAGCGUCGUUUCAAGCACUUCCAGGCACUUCAUCAGGAGCUGCUCAAAUUCAAGGCCCUCUUAAAAAUCCCCCUGCCAAGCCGAAUACACUCAGUCAAAAGGAGGUCAUUCAAAGGCCACAAACGGUUUCACGGAGAACACAUACCAACAUUACCACGAAGACCUGAUGCCCUUGUCAAAGAGGAACAGCUCAUCAGCAGAAAAUUGCAACUUGAAGACUAUCUGAGGAAUAUAUUGAAAAGGCCUUUAUACAGGACCCAUCCUACAACGCUUGAAUUUUUGGAAGUGAGUCAAAUCUCAUUUAUUCAGGAUCUGGGACCAAAAGGAAUUGAAGGUCUGAUCUUAAAGAAAUCUGGAGGAAACACAUUCCCUGUAUGUUACUGGUGCGGAUCCAACAGCGUCUGUUACCGGUGGUCCAAAAGAUGGCUGGUGGUAAAAGACUCCUUUGUUCUCUACAUGAGGCCAGAAGAUGGCCAAGUAGGCACCGUGAUUCUGUACGAUAAGGGAUUUCACAUCAAAAUAGGGACCCGGGAGACCGGAGUCAGGCACGGAGUCACUAUUGAGAAUCUUUGCAGGGCUCUUACUAUCAAGUGCUCCACAUACAGGCAGGCUCGUUGGUGGGGGCACUCCAUAGACGAGUUUUCUCAAAUGUUUGGACAGGACUUUCUGAGGGAAAACCGCCAUGGGUCUUUCACACCUGUUAGAGAAAACACUAUCUCAAAAUGGUUUGUCAACGCAGCUGGAUACUUUGAUGCCAUAGCUGAUGCCCUGGAAGCAGCAAAGGAGGAAAUCUUCAUCACAGCCUGGUGGUUAAGCCCAGAAAUCUUCCUCAAACGACCGGUAGUAGAUGGGAACAUGUGGAGAUUAGACCAUGUCCUCAAGCGAAAAGCACAACAAGGAGUGAAGAUCUUUGUCCUGCUCUACAAAGAAGUCGAGGUAGUGAUGGGUCUCAACAGCGAGUACACAAAGAAGACCCUGAUGGGACUUCACUCUAACAUCAGGGUCAUCCGACACCCUGAUCACAUGCCCUCCACAGCAUUGCUCUGGGCUCACCAUGAGAAGUCGGUGGUGAUUGACCAGUCACUGGCCUUCCUGGGAGGGAUUGACCUGGCCUACGGAAGAUGGGAUGAUUCCCAACACCGACUGACUGAUGUGGGGAGUGUGAGAAGAAGCCCUCAGCACAGUCCUGCUCUAUCCCCCAGCCUCACUCAUCAGUCAGUUGCCACAGUGGAGGAGGGCGAGGAGAUGAAGUUUAAUGUGAUAGUUGAAGAAAGUCAGACUGGAGAAGGAGGAGAUUCAGUCUCAGUGGAGGAUCCAGGUGAGAUCUGUGUGAGCUUCACCCUGCCCAUAGAGGAGGAACAGGGAGAAAACAACAGAGGAAGACUGCUAAGAACGCCCUCAGAGAAAAGUCGCCACAGCUCUGAUGGAACAGAGUUCAAACAUCACAGUAGGAAUAGUCUUAAUUCCAAGACUCCUCUCACCCGGGAAUGUUACACCAAGAGCUUGUCUCUACAUUCCAGCGAUUCGUACUCUCUCGGCCUGCAUCACUCUCUCCCUUUGCCUUACGAGACCAGUUCCCUGAGAAGUUACAUAGGCAGUACUGAACUCUGUGGAGAGACUCGUUUCUGGCACGGCAAAGACUACUGUAACUUCAUCCUCAAAGACUGGGUCAAACUCAACAAGCCUUUUGACGACUUCAUUGACAGGUAUAAGACACCUCGGAUGCCCUGGCAUGAUAUAGGGGUGAUGGUUCAUGGAAAGGCUGCAAGAGAUAUUGCACGGCAUUUCGUUCAGAGGUGGAACUUUACAAAGCUGGUGAAGAAGCGGUCGGGGGUGACGUGCUACCCCUGCCUCAUGCCCAAGUCUCUCUCCGCACCCAUGGUGCCAGCUGAGUACGACGGCAAAUCCACACAGGCUAACGUUCAGGUUUUGAGAUCUGUGUGCCAGUGGUCUAUUGGGUCAAAGGUCCAUGAGGAGUCGAUUCAUUUAGCCUACAUAUCAGCCAUCCAGAACAGCAAACAUUUCAUCUACAUAGAGAACCAGUUCUUCAUCAGUUGUGCUGACAAAUCCAUUCACAACAGCAUUGGAGAUGCACUCACUGAGAGGAUCCUUCGGGCGUACAGGGAGAAGAAAAAUUUUCGGGUCUAUGUGGUGAUGCCCCUGCUGCCCGGCUUUGAAGGUGACAUCUCGUCAGGGGGGGGCCAAGCCAUCAAAGCAAUCAUGUACUUUAAUUACAGGACAAUGUGCAGAGGGGAGCACUCCAUUAUUGAGAGGCUCAAAUGUGUGAUGGCAGAUUGCUGGAUCAAGUACAUCUCAUUCUGCGGUCUGCGCACUCACGCUGACCUGGAUGGGCGUCUGGUCACUGAACUCAUUUACGUGCACAGCAAGCUCAUGAUCGUGGACGAUUGCACUGUCAUUAUUGGCUCAGCAAACAUCAAUGACAGGAGCAUGCUGGGAAAGAGAGACAGUGAAAUGGCUGUGGUUGUUGAAGACACAGAAUUCCAGCCCUCUGUCAUGGAUGGAGAGAGUUAUCAGGCUGGCAGGUUCGCCUUGUCUCUACGGGAGGAAUGCUUCAGGCUUAUUCUUGGCUUGCUGGGAGACAAUAUAGACAUCAGUGAUCCCAUCAGUGACCGAUUCUACAAGGAAAUCUGGAUGGUGACAGCAGCCAAGAACGCCAGUGUGUAUGACAAGGUCUUCAGAUGUCUGCCGACUGAUGCAGUCCUGAACUACAAGAUUCUGAAGGACUACAUGUCACGUCCGUGCAUGGCUGCCGAGGACCCCGCACAGGCCUGCGCUGAACUCAAGAAGAUACGAGGCUUUCUGGUCCAAUUUCCCUUGUACUUUCUGUCUGAGGAGAACCUUUUCCCUUCCUUCAACUCUAAAGAGGGAAUCAUGCCCAUCGAGCUGUGGACAUAGACACUUUGAAACUGUAAUGGCUGCUCUCUCUUUUGAUGCUUGUCAUCUAAUGAUGCUAUAUGUGCUGUCAGUAGCAUGCAUACUUUUGUAGAGCAAAAACUACCUCUGAGCUAUCAUCCAUAGACGCUAGCUUUACAUGUUGCUGUGAAGUCUCAGACAGUCUUGGCGUGUGCAAACCUUCAUUCUUCUGCUGUAUAUUUGUCCAUUGUCCCUGCAGGUUUAUAACUGAACUCUCUUAAUGAAAUAUACAUGGACACUCUGCAGCUGUUGUAAAUAAUUAACUUUGUUCAUCCAAUAAUUAUUUCUUUACAUAUA